CCCAGCAGCGUGACUGACGCCCUGCACAUCGCCGCCGAGCUUCUUCGAAUCCCGGCCCUGGAUUCGCCUGUCGUCUGAAAGAGCCGCUGAGGCUUCGGCGUCAAGCCCACUGCUCCACCGAAUCUAUAGACGCACGCAGCCAUGUCAUUCGCACAAGAGCGCUCCUCUCCCCUCCCUCCUCCGCCGCCCGCCCCGCCGUCGCCGCGCGUAGGGUCCUAUCCCCACCCGACCCAGGCACAGCAGACGUCUCCCCUAAGACGGAUAGCUGUGCAACCGCCGAUAAUUACCACCCAGCUCGCGCCCCCGCCAGGGCAAUACCCGCAUGGGCACACGCCUGCGAGCGCGACAUCCUUGAACGUGUCGUUCUCUCCCUACGCGCCGACGCCUUCAUCCUAUGCCGCUUCGCCAGUAGUCCCGCCAUCCCCAAUGGCAAUGAGGAAUCAGGGCUACAAUCCCCAGCAAUGGGCACGCAGUGGAGGGACCGUUGGCGGCCAAUAUGUGCCGCACACACCCGUCGCAACGAGUCGGCCCCAGGAUGUGACGGGCAUGGAAGCGUCCAUGCCCUCUCCGCCUCCGCCGUACUCUCCAGGCCAGAAUCCAAGCCGACCAGUGAAUGCAAACCCAGGAUCAUCUCCGCACAUGUCGGCUGCAGCAUUCGCUGCCAGUCACCCGCCUCCACCGCCUCCCCCGUCUGACUACACAUCGUCACCAGUGUCUCGACCGACAUCAGGUUUCUUCCAUAGCAGACCCGGGUCCAUAGUGGCACCUCAAAGCGCAACAAGUGUUGUGUCGCUUUCGCAGUUUCCCCCACCUCCACCUGCAACCGGUUCAAAGAGGUCGGCUUCUCGCGAGAAACUCACUUCCAAGUUCAGCUUGUCCAAAUUUCGUGAUCGAGGGUCAGGCAGCCCAGGCCCAAGUAACAUCGAGUCUUUACGUAUCAGUACAAGUGAAGCCCUACAGCGACCGCCAGCAUCGCCAGGGCUUCCUCCACCGCGGCCUUCGCACCAAGUCCUCUCAAAUGUAUUCCCGGAGCAUCGAUGGAGUCCAGACACACAAUCACCUGUAAGAGCGCCCGGUGCUCGUAGGGCUGCCUCCACUGGCGUACUUGCCUCAGAAUCAAGGACACCUAUCGAUGAGACCCCAACGCUACCCCAAGGCCCAUGGGGGAAUGGGGCACCUUUGCCGCCCCCUCCCCCCGGUCCUCCACCCCCUGGCUCAAGAUCGCAAAGUUUAGGACGUGGGAUGGACUCGACGGUUAACCGUCAGACCGUACAUUUGCCAGCACCUCCGACGCGCCGACCUGGACAGAGCAGUCUGCCCACCAUUCCACCAACGCCAGUCGGUUGGCAAGACGAACCCGCAAGACCUCGGUCGCGAUCGCCUGCUGCACAAGGCCUGCUCAUAGACACAAGCUCACAUGCCCUUCAACCAUCAGAACAGCCACCACAGCCCAUCGAAAGUGAAUCCGGCUCCAUAAUUUCCGGGCCGACAAACUCAACAUCCAACUCAAGUAGUACACUCUACCGCGACCCGAGUGGCACCCAGGUCUCCCGAGGCAUCCGCGAGCGUCGUAGCGAAAGCCGGGCUGCAAGAGAACGAGCCGAACCUAACAACAACCCUUGGGCACAGGAUAUGGAAGCUGCAAAACCGGCCGACCUAGUUCUAGGGAGUCCCGAGGGUGGACUAAAACGCCGUGAUGCAGUCACAAAGCAUACUCCGCGUAGUGGUGGCCUUCGUUCGCCGAGAAGCUCGCAUUCUCUUGGGGAGCCUGGUUCAUCGAACUCUACACCUCGACUCAGCGUGCAGACCGGGCCUGCGCCGACGCCUCCUUUCUCGCCAGGUACGGAACCUUUCGAUCAUUCUCACAUGGGGAAGCAGCCUGUGUCAUUUCCACCCAAGGCUCUUCCUACCCCACCCAUGCGUCACUAUGGCGACGAUGUUGAUGCAGGCCUGGCUGACAGUUCAGGGGCCCGGAAUCGAUCAACAUCGAACGCUUCCCACAACUCGGGCGCAAAAGUCGAUCUGUCCCUAUCUAGCACGCCACGGCCUGGUGGCGGUGAUGUCUUUGUCGAAGCAGCUAUAGACCGACAUCGUCGCUUUAUCGAGAGGGAGAUGGCAGCCCAAUCAGACCAAGAGCGGUUGGAGCUAUUUGCGGAAUAUACUGUGAAUGAGUCGCGACUGAGACGAGAUCGAUAUUCAGCAGCUUUUGAUGCCAUGGCAGGAGACAUCGUGGAUCUUACCAGAGAUCUUUGGCGCUCUUACACCACGUCCGGUCGCCGGUCUGUAACGCCAAGUGCUCAGAGUGCUUCCAUUGCUCCCAGUGGUAGAAGAUCGCAAGCGUCGACUAGCGGCGAAUCGCCCGAUACAAGGCAACCCAUCUCCAUUCCUACGACAGCUGCUAGCCCCGCUUCGUCCGUACAGAAUUUUACGCCUCACACUGAGCCAGCCUCGCCAUCGAGCGCAACGAGUCAGCGAGCACGCGACGCAUCUUGGAACUACAAGCCAGUUCUUUCUCCCAUCCCGAGCAUGGCUAUGAGCACUGUACCAGAUGAGGAAGAUUCACGAGGAAGAUCCGCAAGCAGGUGGUGGGAAGCGAGUAACGAUGGUGCUUCGUCCGGCAUCGGCAGCCGCAGAUUGGAAAGAAGUAAACGCGAAUCAAAGUACAUGGGACUGCCGAAAGAAGCACGUGAAAGCCUGCAGUGGAUUGGAGAAGGAGAUAAUUCGCCUGCAAAUCGCGGAGAGUCUAGCAGCCGACAACCGCAUGGGUCGAACGAGUACCCCCCCGAGAAGGCCGGCCUCCUCGAGGGGACGUUAGGUAAACAGGCUGUGGGUUUUUAUCCCAACUCUGCCCCGACAACUCCUGAUCCACGUAAACUGGAUGUUUCUCGACUAGUCACGCUGCCUCCACCUUAUCCGCGACACCAUCCUGCCGUCAACAACAGCCAUCCCGACCUCACUUCUAUUCGCAACAAUUUAAGAAAUCUGUCUGAUCUCCAGGAAGUAAAAUCCACGAAGGAGGCUUUUAAGACCAAAAUCAGUGCCAGAGAAGAACAGGAAAAUGCUUCGCUCAACGACCGGAGGUCCCAGCUCCGCUACAAUAUACAAGAAAACAUCCGGAAUGGGGUCAUGAGUUAUGGUGAUGCUGCUAACGCCGAGAAAGACUUUGAGACCCGAGAGCACCAACGGGCCCAGGAUCUUGUCCAGAAGACCUUCGAUAUCUUUCAAAAUGAGGUUGCCAAUCCAUUGCAUGCAAUAUUUUGCGAACGGAUAACCAAAGCUUCAGCGUCACUUGAGCAUCUCAAGGGCCGUUUGAACAACGCUGCGUCGGAACUAAAUCCCAAUCAGACGCAAGAGGAAGGCGACGAACAGCCGGAGCUGCUAGAGAUGCUUACGUUGCUAAAAUGGCUAUUCGAGGCACGCGAGCAGUUGCACAAAGAAAUGUUUGAGCUUGAAAACGAGCGUAACGACUUGUACAAGGACAUCAUCGUCCUGCCGUACGCCCAAGCUGGCAACGAGCAGAAAGUUGGAGAAGCAACAGCGUUCUUCCGCCGCGACGCGCAAGACCGAAAGGUUACGUGGGAGAAAGAGAUCUUGAAGCGCUACGAAGAAUUCAUGAACGUAGUCGAGGCAAACGUCACCCGCGGCGUUGAAGCACAACUCUCUGCGUUCUGGGACAUCGCGCCGGGGCUUCUUACCAUCGUCCAGAAGAUUCCCCAGCGCCUGAGUGGGUUCGAGAUACUUAUUCCGCCUUCAGAGUACGAAGAGAACCCAGCAUUCUAUGAUUUCCCACUCCAGUAUCUGUACACACUUCUUGCCCACGCUGGCCGCUCCGCUUAUCAGUUCAUCGAGUCGCAAACGAAUCUGUUGUGUCUGCUGCACGAAGUCAAGACUGGCGUUAUGAGUGCAGGUUCGAGACUGCUGGAGACUCAGAGGAUCAUGGAGGGCGAGGAUUUGGAGCGUGUGGACCAGGAGAUGAAGGCUAUCAAAGAAGACGAGGAGCGGAGACUGACGGACGAUUUGAAGGAGAAAGUUGGAUUGGUGGAAAGCCAGUGGGAUGAGGCGUUGGGAGCAGGGCUGGCAGACUGUAAAUCGCGGGUCGAGUCGUUCCUCGCGCAGCAGGGCGGAUGGGAGGACUGUUUGAAGGACUGAUGAUAGGCUUGCACACAGGGAUUUGCGUUUCCUCUGCUGGUCUCAUGAGAGGUAGUGGGAUUUACAUGGUUCGCAUGACCUGCGUCUUGCGUUUGAGCAUAGAUACCCAUUUUUUAUUUCCUACGGACGAGCGUUAGCAGGAUGUGUAUGUGGCUAGAUAGGGAAAUGACAGGCAAGCGCACGGCUGCUGGGGCUGGC